AUGGCUAGAUGGAUUAACAACAGCACAAUUUUAAUGACAGGAGUCGUUACUGUCACUACUUUGAUGCCAUUUUCGACGGUUUUGGAAGAAGACACCGCUCAAUCUAACAAUCGUCCAGCAUCCGCUGCAGCCCCAGUUCCUUGGGUCUGGUUACCCAUGGAGUGGUCGUGGUGGGUCAUUGCUCAAUUGUUCGCUGCCAUACUAGGAAUGUGUGGAAACCUUCUGGUGAUGUUGGUGUUGUUCAACAAACGUAGAGCCCGUCGGUCAACUGAUACUCUGAUCGGAGCCUUGGCUUUCGCCGACUUCUUGACAUCUGUAUUCUUCAUACCACACCCGCAGAUUGCUACUCUACCAAGUGAUACUUGGCUGGCUCAGGUCUACUGUCGUAUCAUUCAUCGAUCCAUAAUCAUGUGGGUAGCCGUUUUGGCUUCCGUCUUUACAUUAACUGCCAUCUCCCUGGAACGUUACAUUGCCAUCGCACAUCCUUUCUUCUUCUUAAGAAAUGUCAACCCUGCUCGCACCUCCAAGUGCAUCUUCAUUAUAUGGGUCGCUGCAAUUGCAUCGAAUAGCUACCUGGUUGUUCGAGGGUAUGCAGCUGGGAAUACAUGUGUCGUUAUGUUUUCAUCUCAAAGUGCUCAAUUCGCGAUUGGUCUUUAUGUUUUCAUCGUGGAAUUUGUUCUCCCGAUGAUGGUAAUGAUCUUAGCACAGAUCAUGACAGCAGUUGUCCUUCACCGGCAAUCACUUCAAUUCCAGGAGAGCAACUCUAACAACGAUCGAUCAAAUGCUAACAUGAACCAUAUCGUCGCUAGGAAACGCGUCAUUCAGAUGCUUUUCUUGGUCACGACGGUGUUUAUCCUCUGCUGGGGACCGGUUCAAAUCUUCUAUCUGAUGCUCAACCUCAGACUUCUAGACAUUUCGCAUUUGUUUGGUCUUCACUAUCAGUCCCUGGUCGUUCUCGCGUUUGCCAACUCCUGGGCGAAUGUUUUCAUAUAUACCAUUCGUGACCCUCAAUUUCGUCAGGCCAUGUGCGAUAUGUUUCGGAGUGAUUCAAAAUCAAAAGCUGCACUCUUUGGUGAAGUCGCUGCGAAAGAUCCAAGAAGGUUUAAAAGGUCUUCAACCAAUGUGUAA